GGGGUUUCAUUCUCCACUAGCUCCAAUACCCAACCGGCACAGGAAAGCUUUCUGCUAACAACACCGCGGUACAAAAAUUGACUCAGCGAUUUUGUUCGGAGUCGUCUUGCUUGUGGAAUACUAUACAAGCAAUUCGGAUGUUCUAAAAUGUCAAAAGAAGGUGUACCAGGCAUAACGAACGACACCAAGUUAGCCUUAUCAAACAAGGAUGAAAUUACUAAAGAUGCUCAUUUUCAGUUAGAAAGGGCUCUCCCAGAUUUGGAAGAAGAAGCUUACGGCGAGUAUGUUUGGAAAAUAGAUAACUGGGCUGGAACUCGACAGAAGGGAGAAUAGCCCUAUCUUCAAUGUCGGUGAACAUCAGUUUCGGAUAACAUUUUUCCCGCAAGGAACUCUGGAAGCACCUGGUUUUGUUUCUCUCUAUCUUGAGUAUGUGCCAUCAAAAACGCAAGUUGAAAAUGGUUACGCCUGUUGCGUUCAGUUCGCACUCCUUAUGUCCAAUGCACGGGAACCAUCAGCACAAGUAGCUAGCGCAACUCAUUGCCGUUAUACGAAAGAUAUACCUGAUUGGGGUUUUACCCGGUAUUAUGACUCGAGAAAACUACUUGUACGUACCGGUGGACAAACCAGACCUAUUAUUGAAAAUGGCUCUGUGUUGAUUUCUGCCCACGUUCGGGUUUUGAGAGACGUUACAGGUGUGCUGUGGCAUCCUCUUUUGGAUUACGAUUCCAAAGUUGCAACUGGGUUUGUUGGGUUGAAAAACCAAGGUGCGACCUGCUAUAUGAACUCGCUUUUGCAGUCCCUGUACAUCAUUCCGGCGUUCCGUCGUUGUGUUUACCAAAUUCCGACAGAGGAUGAUUCUCCAUCAGACAGUGUUGCAUAUGCCUUACAGCGUUGCUUUUACAACCUUGAGUACUCAAAAGAUGCGGUCUCAACUAUCGAGCUUACCAAGUCUUUUGGUUGGGAUUCGUUGGACUCGUUCAUGCAACAUGAUGUUCAGGAGUUUAACCGUGUUCUUCAGGACAACCUUGAAAAACGGAUGAAAGGAACGCCUGUAGAAGAUGCGCUAACAAAACUUUUUGUUGGAAAGAUGAAAAGUUACAUUUGCUGUGUUGAUGUCAACUUUGAAUCAGCACGCGAAGAAGAUUUUUGGGACAUUCAGCUGAAUGUCAAAGGAAUGAAAGAUAUGGAGGAGUCGUUCCGGGAUUAUAUUCAAGUCGAGAUGCUGGAGGGUGACAACUGCUAUCAUGCCGACACAUAUGGUCUACAACGAGCUCGUAAAGGUGUAAUUUUUGAAUCAUUUCCUCCGAUUUUGCACAUUCAGUUGAAGCGUUUUGAAUACGAUUUUGAAAGGGAUAUGAUGAUUAAGAUUAAUGACCGCUAUGAAUUCCCUCUGGAGUUUGAUGCCAGCCCAUAUAUGGAUGAGGCAGCUAAAACGCCUGGCCAAAAAAUCCAGUACGUUCUGCAUGGAGUUUUAGUGCAUUCUGGAGAUUUGCACGCAGGUCAUUACUAUGCUCUACUCAAGCCUGGUAAAGAUGAUAAAUGGUUUAAGUUCGACGAUAAUCGCGUUACUCCCGCCAUGCUUCGAGAAGUUUUAGAGGAAAACUAUGGUGGUGAUACGGUCGUUUAUCCUCCCUAUAAACCUGCUAUUAAGUUAAAAAGAUGCAUGAGCGCGUAUAUGCUUGUUUAUUUAAGAAAAGACAAAAUCGAUGAAUUGUUCGCUCCAAUUGCGCGGGAAGAAAUACCUCAGCAUUUAAGAACUGUCCUUGAUGAGGAAAUUCGGAUUCAGGACGAGAAAAGAAAAGAACGUGCCGAAAGUCAUCUGUACACGAAUGUGCGGAUAGUAACAAAGUCCUCGUUCGCACAGCAUCAUGAGUUCGACUUGGCUAAUUUUGAUGAUCCUUAUGAUGCAGAACUAGUACCACAAAUGCGUCUCCUCAAAUCGACAAAGUUUUCGGAUUUUGUAACUGAUGCAGCAAAGCAAUUUAAACUGGGAAAGUGAUAACUUACGCUUUUGGUUCUUGGUAAAGAGAAAGAAUGGAACUUUUAGGGUGGAAAGCCCAAUUUCAGAAAGUGAUGCUAAUCUUGAAACUCUGAAGCAAAAGUGGCAUGGAACACGAUGAUUCUCUUUACCUAUUUAUGGAAGAAAAGAACGAAACCACAAAUCUUGUUCAUUCAGAUAAGACCUUGACUCGAAUAUUUUUGUCUUUUUAAAGUAUUUUGAUGCGAAGCUGCGAAAUCAGUGGUAUAGGGCCUUUCUAUGUUAAAGCUUCGGCAACUAUAGGCUCUAUCCUUGACUGUUUACGAAAACUUAAAAAAUUACCGAAAGAUACGCCGUUGACGGUUUAUGAGGAAAUAGAGCCUGGUGAAAUUGAUGAACUCCGUCCAAACUCGACGUUUGCUCGUUCUGGAUUAGGCAAUGGUGAUAUUAUCUGUUUUCAAAAUAGCAACAUCAAGACUGGCAAGUACAAAAACGCGCGUGAGCUUUAUGCCUACAUACAAAACAGAGUUCUUACUACUUUCCGACCUCGUUACAUCGAUCAAGAGCAUACGGUGGAGUUUGAAUUAUUGUUAGACCAAAGACUGGCUUAUAACGAUAUUUGCAAAGAAAUUGGCGAUCGUUUUAAUGUUUCGGGUGACAGGGUUCGCUUGACUACAUGUAAUUCGUUCACCUAUGCUCCUAAUACUGUCGUUCCUAAUGAUGAUAGUAUCACGCUUAAAGAUAUCAUCCAGGUUCCAGAAUCAGAAGCCCCAUGUAGCAUCGUCUUUUAUGAAAUUAUGGAAAUUAGUCUCUCCGACCUUAACAAAAAAAGGCCUAUCGAAGUAACAUGGUUGCUCGAUGGCUUAAAUCAUUUGGAAAGUUUACACCUCUACGUUAACAAAUCUGACACAAUUCUCGAUGUCCUAAACGUAUUGAAAGAGCAGUUCCAGGGACAAAUUGACGAUUCCAAAAAAGUUCGAUUCUAUGAAAUUAGCAACGGUAAAUUCUAUAGGGAUAUCAGUUUAAGGACACCGGUGCGUUCGCUCAGUGCGUUUGCUGAACUCAUUGGUGAAACGAUCCCCGACGAAGAGGUUGAACGACAACCCGAAGAUCGUGUGGUUCAUGUUUAUCAUUUCCAUAAGGAGAUCAACCGUAUUCACGGAGUUCCGUUUAGAUUUGUCCUGAAACCAAAUGAGUCGUUCAGCGAGACUAAGAUUCGUCUGAUGGAACGAACUCGGUACCCGCCUGAAAUUCUGGCGGCUACUAAAUUUGCACUUGUUGACUUUACUUACAACAAAGUGCGAUACUUGGACGAUGAAGACAAUGUUUACGAUCUAAUUGCGCAAAGCAAUAAUGCUCUCGCGUUAGAUCAUGCAAACAAAAAUCAUAAAAAGAGUAGCGUUCUUGAUCGCGCUAUCCAGAUGAAGGGAUAGAGUUGCUUUGCACCUCUAUGUUCUGAUACAAAUCAAACGCCCUCGUCUGAAUUAUUUUCCGUCCGUUCACCCUCCAAUUUUAACGUUGUGUUCAAGUUAUGUUUUUCUGUUGUACGGAUAGAGUCCUCCUUUAGCACCUCAUUUUCGAUCAUCAACUCUUUUGUAAAGCUGUAAAGCUUACUGCUGUGAUUAGAGAUUAUCUUAACAUCUUCUUACCUGGAGUACUCUGAUAACUCUCGCUUGUUAUUUAAAUCCAUUGUGCAAUAGACUGCGAGGUAGAGAGGCAUUCACGAAGUCGGUUUACAAGUUAAACGUUUGUUUCAAUUACAACUGAUUAGCUUGUUGCUAAUUCUUUUAAUACUGUAUCUGGCAAAAUAUAAUAUUUAACUAAUUACCACAACUAUUACGU